AGUACUAAUAAAAAGAAAUAAAACAAAAACUCACCGACUGUUUGUUAUUACAUGGUCCUCACUCAAACCCUCAAGUCUCAAUCAUCUUCUUCACAAUAUCUCCAGAUUCUCUGCACACACGCCUCUGUCUCCACCUCAAAAUCCAACCCUUCUUGUCCUUUUUUAUAUGUAAUCUACACUACUAGCAUUUUAUUCUGUACCAAAAAAAAAAAAAAAAACAUGAAACCUCAGUUCUUGUUUCUCUGUUUGCUAAGUUUUCAGACACAACUCUACUUCACUUCAGCUGCAACUCUUGUUCCUAGUACUCAAAUGCUGGUUUUACCUUUAAAAACCGAAAAAAUCGCGACAGGGUCGUUUCCUAGAUCUCCAAACAAGCUGCCAUUUCACCAUAAUGUGACUCUAACUGUGUCUUUGUUAGUUGGUACGCCUCCACAGAAUGUUACUAUGGUUCUUGACACUGGCAGUGAGCUAUCAUGGCUGCAUUGCAAUUCGACAUCGACGAGGCCUAUGUUUAAUCCGAAUAACUCAUCAUCGUACUCUCCUGUCACUUGUUCAUCGCCUACUUGCAUGACUCAGACUCAGGAUUUUCCUAUACCAGCUUCUUGUGAUUCGAAUCAGCAUUGCCAUGCUACUCUGUCGUACGCUGAUGCCUCGUCGUCUGAGGGGAAUUUAGCGAGUGAUGUGUUUGAUAUCGGAGGGUCUAAUGUUCCAGGGACGAUUUUUGGGUGUAUGGAUUCGGGGUAUAGUAGUAAUUCUGAGGAGGAUUUCAAGACUACUGGACUGAUGGGUAUGAAUCGUGGCUCUCUGUCUUUUAUUUCUCAGAUGAAAUUCCCCAAAUUUUCGUAUUGUAUUUCAGGUUCUGAUUUUUCUGGAAUGUUGUUGUUAGGAAAUAAUAAUUUUACUUGGUUAAUGCCACUGAAUUAUACACCUCUGGUUCAAAUUUCAAUCCCAUUGCCUUAUUAUGAUAGAGCUGCUUAUACUGUUAAGCUACAAGGGAUUAAAGUUUCAAAUAAAAUAUUACCAUUGCCUAAGUCAAUACUUGAGCCUGAUCAUACAGGGGCGGGUCAGACUAUGGUUGAUUCAGGCACCCAAUUUAGUUUCCUACUAGGUCCGGCUUACAAUGCCUUAAGAAACGAGUUCUUGAAUCAAACAAGUAGGAUUUUACGGGUUCUGGAUGACCCCAAUUUUGUUUUCCAAGGAGCUAUGGAUUUAUGUUAUUUGGUUCCUGUGAAUCAGACUAGCUUACCGGAUUUGCCUAGUGUUGGCAUUAUGUUUGGAGGUGCAGAAAUGAGUAUUUCGGGUGAUAAGUUGUUGUAUCAGGUACCUGGUGAGACCCGCGGAAAAGAUUCAGUUUGGUGUCUCACAUUUGGGAAUUCAGAAUUAUUAGGAAUGGAGGCUUAUGUGAUUGGACAUCAUCAUCAGCAGAAUGUGUGGAUGGAAUUUGAUCUGGAGAAAUCAAGAAUCGGAUUUGCACAAGUAAGGUGUGAUUUGGCAAGUCAAAGAUUCGGGUUAUAUAACUAGUUUUAAACUAACUAAUUACUUUAUUUCUAAGUGUUAAUAGUAGGUAAAGUGUAAUGUACUAAUGACCCUGCUUAGUUAAUUUUUUUUACUGUGUAACAUGUUUUAGCUAGUGUUUUACUGCUCUUCAUUUCUGCAGCAGUCGGUUUAUGAUCUAAUUAGCCGGAAUAUUCACAUAAACAUAAUUUAUUCUUCGUUAUC